AUGGAUAGCAACAAUCGGUCUAGCAGCCCUUCUGCUGGCAGCGAGCAUUCCGCUAAUAAUGGUGAUGAUAGUUACCAGGCAAAUAUCCUGUAUAUCAACUAUUCAUUAACUCUGCCGGAUAUGGAUGGCCCAUUGUCUACGUCGGAUUUAGCACUACUAUUUGGAGUUAAUGGUGAUAAUAACAGCAACAACAACAACAACAAUAAUAAUAAUAAUGCCAAUGCGAAUGCUUAUUGGAGAAGUGUUAGUCAGCAGUUUGCCGCUUCUGGAGGUGCUGACGCUGGCCCUGGUGCGGAGACAGGUAAUCCUCCUACCCGUAGUGAAGCCACUGGACGUACUUCUAGUACGAGAAGCGGUACUAAUGUUGAUUAUACGGGUAGUGGAUUCGAUAGAGGAAGAAAUACAGGAGCUCGAACCACAAACUUCGAAGUAGCGUUUACAAACAAUUUCCAAGAUAUACUGGACGGUGCCAAUAUUUACAGUUGGAGAGAUACAAAUGCCGACUCAAACAACAACAGCACAAGCCAAGGCACUGGUGAUAGAGGUGGUAAUUCAACCAAUGAUAGUUCUGGAGCCAACGAUGGCAAUCCUGGAGCAUCACGUCCUACACGUCCUGAAUCAGGACCACGUCAGUUUUCGUUGGCUGAUGCCGAUAGAUUUUGGCGUCAACGCGGAACAGCAGUUUUUGGUCCUGGCCAGGCUCCAACCCCUGGUACAAGUUUUACCAGUGACGGUGUAUUUUAUACUACCCGAAGUUUUCCUAUCGAUAUUAGAUUAGGCACUGCGCUAUUUGGAGGUGGUGAUGGCGGGUCCAGAAAUCCUAGAGCUUCAAAACGGGCUAUUGCCAAGCUAAAAUCUGUUAAAGCAUCUUCAUUACCGGAAUCCGAUAGAUCAUGUCCAAUCUGCUUUGAAAAAUAUGUGGAUGAAGAAGAAGACUCGGUUGAAAAGAGUGAUUUAAAAACAGAAGAUGUCAUAGAUGAUAAUACAUCGGGGAUGAGCGCCGAUUCAGUUGGUGAUCCUCCCGAGUCUGUUCCCGAAAGUUCGGCUCAACCUGAAUCAACAUCUGAUAGUGACAGCACCACUGAUACACGCCAUAACGCGCUUGAAAUGCCCUGUAAUCACCUCUUUGGUAGCCAUUGUAUCAAGGAAUGGCUGGCUGGGUCUAAUACAUGUCCUCUAUGUCGUACCACGAUAGAGAGUCAAGAUGACUAUCUUCGCAGUAUUGGACAACAGCCAGAAUCUGAUAAUAACGCAGCUACCCUGUUUGAGUUGAUCUUUAACGUGAUUCCAAAUUUGAUGAGCAAUAGCACCAACAAUUCCAAUUCCAAUUCCAAUACCAAUAACAACAGCAACGCCAACAGCAAUGGUAAUGACAACGAUAACGACAACGGCAUUAACAACAAUAAUAACACACAAAGUAGCUCUACCAGUGGCGAUAAUACGAUUCCCAGCCAAACUCGGUCUGACUCGACUUCUAUCUUCAGCAUCAACCCACAGAGAGCUCCACGUGUUAACUCACCUGUAAGUUCGCAUACCAAUUCAGGUGCUGAUACUCCUUUAUCACAAAACUCGACUGAUACCGCUGGCCGAGCAAACAGCACCCUAGGGUUAAGCAGUGUUGCAGCAAAUCCAAUCGACAUGUCUGGUAGUAGUUCGAGCAGUUCUGGAACCUCUCAACAAGAAACUACACAAAGUGCUGCCAGCUCCGUGGUCUCAUCUGCUUCUGAAAUGAGUGAAAGUUCAAGUUCAAGUAGCUCAUCAAGAACUGCGGCAACUACUACCUCAGACCCUGGUCCCAAUCUUAUUUCCAGACCACGAUCGGGAACAUCAUCCCAGUUCUUGCGUCCAUUAUCAAUUCUUUUACAGAAUCUGCAUGGUCGAGGAGGCAGCUCCAGUCGGAACAACAAUAACUCAACAUCAUCGUCGCCGAGUCAGUCCAGUCAACAAAGCAGAGACGAUGGCAUCGCUCCUAUUGGAAAUGAACGUACAACUGCAUCAGCCACACGCCAGGAACCAGGAAACACUCGUGGUGGUGGUACUGGAGGCGGUGUUUGGAUGGGUCCUGGUGGAAUACUGUCGUCUUGGGGCCCUAGAUUUGUCCGACGCCAUCAUCCAUAUAGAUCGCCUCCUACUGAACCCAGCAGUAAUGCUGAAUCUAGCAGACAAUCUCGUGAGUCCAGCGGUCGGCCAAGUACAGCAUCCAGAUCAGCGUCGCGAAAUGCUCAGGUUAGCAAUCAUAAUCACCUGCAGUGUGCAUCUGCGAAUCUCUCCAUGUGUUCAGUUUCUGGAAACAUCCCAAGACCUGAUGACAGUCGGAUGGAAGAAGACGAUGACUCUGAAAAUUCCGAUAGACUUGUCAGACUUGAUUGUGGACAUGGCUAUCAUGUUCCUUGUUUACGUGUAGCUAUGGCAGCCCAUGGUGACCGAGAGAUCCCCAACUUAACUGGUGGUGUGGAUAGCAAUGAUGGUGCUACAAGAGAAGUGUGGUGCUUGAGAUGUCGCAGAUACCAGGACAUCAGCAACCACGAGUAA